AUGAAGAGAACUAGAGAGGAAUUCAGGCUAGCUCGACAACUGCUGGAGGAGAAGGCGUUGACAAUGGAUGAGGAAGGCCAGACGGAGGAUCUGGACAGUGAGCAUGUACUGGAAUACGCAGACGACGCGACCAAGGACAACAUGACCGGCCGCAAAAUUCAGGACGAAACCGGAAAAGCUGUUGCCAACGAGAACGACGGGAAAAAGGACCAAGCUGAAGGCAUGUCGGUGUUGGCAUUAGAUGACUCAAUGACCGACGACGACGACGAUGAGACAGCGGAUGACGAUGCUAUGGACCAACGUCGUUCCGAACCUCCUGCAUAUGUCGUCAGUCACCCGUGGGCCAUUGUCGACUAUCAUCUUUAUCUCUGCUCUGCUGAAAGAAAUCAGACAAUGCAAGCAAGACGUGACGGCACCUUUCUAUUUGACGGCGCUGAUUGUCGCCCGCUCACCUACGACGAAUUCGCCGAAGACCGAGCGUUGCUGUCUCAAUGUUUUCCGGGCGACCAACCUCAGCUCCUGUUUGGCAUCUUGCCGAUAGCGAAUCGUGAUCACUUUGCGGAUCGGAACCCUUCCUUUGGCGGUCGACACUAUGUCUUAGGCUUCGACUAUGAUUGCAAGACACUGUAUGCUCGUCAUUUCGACUGGUUUCCCCAUGACCUCAGUGACCUUUGGUGUGUCUGGGAUAAUAGCAGCAACGUAUACACAGUCACCGUCCCUGAUCUCAUACACAUAAUGGACACGAGCCUGGGUAAAGGAGAAAUGCCCGUAGGAAUGGGAAUUCUCAGCUCAAGCCAGUAUUGCUUGGCAUUGGAAUCGGACGAUGACCCUGGUCUCGAGAUCAUCAUCGCUACAUUGUGGUGUCAAUGGUUGCUGGAUUUCAGUGAGAUUCUCUUCAAGAAGAAUACCGGAUCGCUUCCCGACUUCCAAGAAAGACUUGCAUCGUAUAUUGAGCAGGGUCGUUUGAUUCUCCAGCGGGCCUCAUACAGGGCGUGGUUCGCGGUUCGAGACGGUUACUCCAAGGAGCAAUAUAGGAGCAAGAUGAUUAUCAACCAGUACACCAACGACCUUUACACUUUUGAAAAGUCCGAGCAGGACGGCAGCUUGAAGGGACAGUCUUGGGCGGCACCUGGCCUCAAAACCUGUAAUCAGAUCCGCCAUGACGAGCGCAUGCAAAGAAAGAAGCGAGUGGAGAAGCGACUGGAAGACCUGUUCGUCGUUCCUGAAACCGAGGUCACCCAGGACCAAGAAAGCGUACUUCGGAGCAUCAUUGCAAAAACAGGGCAAGGCGUUGUAGGUCUUAGCGCAGCUGCCUCGGCGGAAAUCUCUAGAAUUCCACAGCUGAGACCACACCGUGAUGCUCCGGAAUACUGGGAGAGCUCCAACUCCGAGUCUUUCGUGAUUGUCACCCCUACCACGGAGCAGUGCGAUGGGUUCGAAUCCACGGCAUGCCACCAUGUGUCACUUCACGUGCUUUUGGAACGGGCCUUAGAUCUGGUGCAGGCCCAUCCCGAGUUGGAUACUCUUGCGAACCGAGGAGAGUUUGGAGAUUUGUUGAUGGGCAUGGGCGUCGAAAUCCAACCACCCGUAGUGGGAUGUGAUAGUUAUGGUUGGCAGCUCGAUGUACGCCCUGAACGGGACAGGGCGUCUCCAUAG